AUGUCAAAUAAACGAAAAGAACCAUUUAAUGAUGAUAGUGAUAAAUUAAUUAUUCGACCAUUGGGUGCUGGACAAGAAGUUGGUCGAUCAUGCAUUUAUUUAGAAUUUAAAGGAAAAAAAAUUUUACUUGAUUUUGGUAUUCAUCCAGGAUUAUCUGGUCGUACUGCACUUCCAUUUAUUGAUAAUAUUGAUCCAGAAGAACUUGAUCUAUUACUUGUUAGUCAUUUUCAUCUUGAUCAUUGUGGUGCAUUACCUUGGUUUUUAAAUAAAACUAAUUUUAAAGGUCGUUGUUUUAUGACUCAUGCAACAAAAGCAAUCUAUAAAUGGCUUUUAUCAGACUGUAUUCGUGUUAGUAAUGUAAGUGCAGAAGAAAUGCUUUACACCGAAGCUGAAUUAAUAGCAAGUAUGCCACGUAUUGAAACAGUUAAUUUUCAUCAAGAAAUUGAAGUUAAUGGUAUUAAAUUUUGGUGUUAUCAUGCAGGUCAUGUUUUAGGUGCAGCUAUGUUUAUGAUUGAAAUAGCUGGUGUUAAAAUUUUAUAUACAGGAGAUUUUUCACGUCAAGAAGAUCGACAUUUAAUGGCAGCAGAAGUACCAAAUCUUCGACCAGAUGUACUUGUUACUGAAGCAACCUAUGGUGUUCAUGUUCAUGAACCACGUGAACAACGUGAAAAUCGUUUUACUCGUCUUGUUAAUGAUAUAGUUACACGUGGUGGUCGUUGUCUUAUACCUGUAUUUGCUCUUGGUCGUGCACAAGAACUUCUUCUUAUUCUCGAUGAAUAUUGGUCAUCACAUCCUGAACUUCAUGAAUAUCCAAUUUAUUAUGCAUCAUCUUUAGCAAAAAAAUGUAUGGCUGUAUAUCAGACAUAUAUUGAUGCAAUGAACGAUAAAAUUCGUAAACAAAGUGCUGUUUCUAAUCCAUUUAAAUUUAAACAUAUUGCUAGUCUUAAAACAAUCGAUGAUUUUGAUGAUAUUGGUCCUUGUGUUGUUUUGGCUAGUCCAGGAAUGAUGCAAAGUGGUUUAAGUAGAGAAUUGUUUGAAUGUUGGUGUACUGAUAAACGUAAUGGAGUUAUUAUUGCUGGUUAUUGUGUUGAAGGAACACUUGCAAAAAUGAUUUUAUCUGAACCAGAAGAAAUAACAACAAUGGGUGGACAAAAAUUACCAUUGAAAUGUUCUAUUGAUUAUAUAUCAUUUUCUGCUCAUACAGAUUGUAAUCAAACAACAGAUUUUAUUCGUGAACUUCGACCACCACAUGUGAUACUUGUUCAUGGGGAAAGUACUGAAAUGAAUCGAUUACGUUCACAUUUAAUAAGAAAAUUUGAAGAUGAUCCCGAAUGUAAAUUAUUAGUUUAUACACCGAAAAAUACUCAAUCAGUUGAGCUUCGUUUUCGUGGUGAAAAAACGGCUAAAGUUGUUGGACAAUUAGCAGCUGAAAAACCAGCUGAAGGAAAUAUUCUUAGUGGAAUAUUAGUACGAAGAAAUUUUAAAUUACAUAUGAUGGCACCAGAAGAUUUACAAAAUUAUACAACAUUAACACGAUCUACUGUUACACAACAUUUAGGAAUUCCAUUUACAGCUGCACCGAGAUCUUUGGUAUUAAAUUUAUCUCAAGUAGCUGGUGAACUUGAACAAGUUGGUGAUAAACAAAAGCCGGGUAUUCGAGUAUUUGGUGCAAUUAAUAUUUUUCUUGAAAAUAAAAUGCUUGUACUCGAAUGGGAAUCAAGUCCUGUUAAUGAUGUUUAUGCAGAUGCUGUUGUUACAGUUAUUCUUAAAACAGAAUCAGGCGAUUGUCCGGGAAAUACAGAUACACCGAUUCAAGUAAAUAAAAAACAUGUUCGAGAAUGUUUACAAGAAACAUUAAGCGAAAUGUAUGGUUCAACAAUGGUUACUUUGUCUGAAGAUCAACAACAAUUAUGUGUUACAAUUGAUGAUAAAAAAGCAGCAAUUGAUCUCGAAUCAUUUGAAGUUAAAUGUGAUGAUGAGGAAAUUCAUUCAACGAUUGAAAUAACUGUUAAACAUUUAAGUGCAUGUAUUCAACCAUUGAAAUUAACACCCGCAAUAACUUAG